CGAAUCUAAGCGCGGAAGGAAAUCUAUCAUGGGUCUUCUAGACCUAACAAACAUCAUUGAUUCCUCACCAGAAAGUGCCGACUCGGGUGGAACUCUCAGAAGGUCCUUGAGAUUACGCCGCAAAUCCAUAUCUGCAGCGUCCCAUGGUGAACAAACACACCCAUCUAAAAGAUAUAGUCGAAAGUCAGUGAUUAAUCCGCAAACUCAU